UUCCACUCAUAUCAUACAAAGCCUCUUCUCUUGAAUCUUUCUUUCUUACCUGCAACUCUCCUAUAUUUCAUCCCUCUUUCUUCCUUUGACAAUGGCUGAGAAACACCACCACCAUUUUCAUCACCAUAAGGAAGAAGAGAAGCCCUCUGAAGUGGUUUACGGGGAGACCGACACCUACACCGACGGCUACGGCGGAGUUGUUGAAACCACAGAAGUCGUUGCCGUUGCAUCCACCGUCGAUUAUGAGAAAGAAGUGAAGCACCACAAGCACAAGGAGCACCUCGGCGAGCUCGGCGCUGUUGCCGCCGGUGCUUUCGCUCUGCAUGAGAAGCAUAAAGCGAAGAAAGAUCCCGAAAACGCACACAAGCAUAAGAUCGAAGAAGAGAUAGCUGCAGCUGUUUGUGUAGGCAGUGGAGGAUUUGCUUUCCACGAGCAUCAUGAGAAGAAGGAAGCAAAGAAGGAAAAUGAAGAGGCUCAUGGAAAGAAGCACCACCAUCUCUUUUAAGAGUCUCCAUCUUCGCAGCUCAUAUAUGUCUGUGAUGAGUUUUAGAGUCUCUAUGCUCGUGUCUGUCCGUAGCUAGCUCGUGUUUAGACUCCAUAAAUAUUUAAAAAGUCGUGUGUUUCUUCAUUUAUGAUUUAUAUGAUUUUGGGUCUGUAUGUACUUAGUUUCGUUCAUGUUUUGGAAGGUGAGCAUGGUUUUACUUUAAUUGGGUUCUUAAAAUAAAGGUUAUCCGUGAGGUUGUUUCUCUGGUUAAAGAACCUUUUUAUGAAUCUAUCCUAGCAUUAUUGCGUCUUUUU